AAAACUCCUUUCUCUCGUCUUGCUCACAUUCCUUUCACUUUCCUCACAAAAGCCACAAAAACCCCCAAUUCUCUCCUAAAACCCCCAUCCAAUUGCACAUAUUUCCGAAAAACCUACCUCCAGCUGUCGGAAAACACCUACAGCGAAACAAAACAACCGCAGAAAGAGAGACCCUUUUAUGGAAGCCGCAGCAGCAGUAGAAACCCCAAAAUCGCCCAUGGCGAAAACUUCCACUGUCCGCGCUCCUAAAACCUCCUUCCUUUCCGACUUCUUCCUCUUCUCCGGCGGAGCCAUGGUCGCUCUCCUCCUCGUCUGGACUCUCUGGUCCUUAGUGAGCCCAAGCACACGGCCCACCUUCGCCACUCCCCAGCCCAAAUCCGACCACUCUCAAACCCCUCUACUAACAAGCGCCCCCCGUGCGCAAACCCUUAACAUACACCCCGACCCUUCAACCCCCAAUUUCUACGACGAUCCGAACCUCAGCUACACGAUCGAGAAGCCCCUCAAGGGCUGGGACGAGAAGCGACGAGACUGGCUCCGUCAGCACCCGGAACUCGCCGCCGGGUCCCACGAUCGGGUCGUCCUCGUAACCGGGUCCCAGCCUGGCCCGUGUCAGAACCCGAUCGGUGACCAUCUCCUCCUACGUUUCUUCAAGAACAAAGUCGAUUACUGCAGGAUCCACGGCUGCGAUCUUUUCUACAACAACGCGCUUUUCCACCCGAAGAUGACCACGUUCUGGGCCAAGAUCCCGCUCGUCCGUUCGGCGAUGGUGGCCCACCCGGAGGCCGAGUGGAUCUGGUGGGUCGACUCGGACGCGGCCUUCACUGACAUGGAGUUCCGGCUCCCGUUAGCAAAGUACAAGGAUCACAACCUUAUCGUGCACGGCUGGCCUGACAUGGUGUACGAGAAGAAGAGCUGGGUUAGCCUCAACGCUGGGAUUUUCCUUAUCCGCAACUGUCAGUGGUCGUUGGAUUUCAUGGAUGUGUGGGCUAGCAUGGGCCCACAGACGCCCGAGUACGAGAAAUGGGGUAGAACUCAAAAAGCCCUCUUCAAGGACAAGCUCUUCCCGGAAUCGGACGAUCAGACGGGUCUGGUCUAUCUCCUCGUGAUGGAAAAGGACAAAUGGGCGGACAGGAUUUAUCUAGAGAGCGAGUAUUAUUUCGAGGGGUACUGGGUGGAGAUCGUGGGCAUUUUGGGAAAUGUGACAGAGAAGUAUCUGGAGAUGGAGAGGGGGGUGCGCAGGUUAAGGAGGCGGCACGCAGAGAAGAUGGGUGCGUAUUACGGGAAGGUUAGGGAGGAGUACCUGAAAGGGUGGGGCAGCGGGAAAGGGAGCUUGAGGAGGCCUUUCGUGACCCACUUCACGGGCUGCCAGCCUUGUAGUGGAGAUCACAACGAGAUGUAUUCUGGAGAGAGUUGCUGGGAUGGGAUGCGACGGGUACUUAAUUUCGCUGAUAAUCAGGUGCUUAGAAGGUUUGGAUUCGCGCGUAGGGAUCUCUUGGACGAUGAUCAUAUCGAUCCUCUGCCGUUUGAUUAUCCUGCCUGAUGAAGGUACAAACAUCAUAAGUACUCAAUCCUGUCUAGAUACUGUUUAAGAAGAUGAAAAUGGCACCUAAGUUUGGCAUGGUACCAUUGCUACACCUCCAAUGUUCUAAAGAUGCUAUCUUCAUGUGAGAUGUUCUAUUGGUCCCAUUUGAAGGAUGUAGCUGAAAUCUAUACGCAACACAUUCGUAGGAGCCCUUUCUUUAGUUAACUUGUAGUUCUCUUUCUUUUUUUGAUUUUUUUUGUUUUUUUGAUUUUUUUGUU